UUUCCGCAGAGUAUUGCAUUCUCACCAUCAUGUCCUAUGACCGCUACGUUGCCAUCUGCAAGCCCCUGCACUACGGGACCUUGAUGGACAGCAGAGCUUGUGCCACCAUGGCAGCAGCUGCCUGGGGCACUGGGGUUCUCUAUUCCCUGCUGCACACUGCCAAUACAUUUUCCCUGCCUCUCUGCCAAGGCAAUGCCAUCAAUCAGUUCUUCUGUGAAGUAGCCCAGAUUUUCAAGCUCUCCUGCUCUGGUUCUUACCUCAGAGAAGUUGGGCUUAUCAUAUUUAGUGUUUUAAUCUUUCUUGCUUGUUUUGUUUUCGCUGUGCUGUCCUAUGUGCAGAUCUUCAGGGCCGUGCUGAGGAUGCCCUCUGAGCAGGGACGGCACAAAGCCUUCUCCACAUGCCUCCCUCACCUGGCCGUGUUCUCCCUGUUUCUCAGCACUGGCCUGGCUGCCUACCUGAAGCCCCCCUCUGUCUCUUCUUCAUCCCUGGACCUGGUGGUGUCAUUUCUGUACUCGGUGGUGCCUCCAGCAGUGAACCCCCUCAUCUACAGCAUGAGGAACCAGGAGCUCAAGGAUGCUCUUCGGAAACUGAUGACCAAAUGCGUUUCGAAAGCAGUGAACUGCCCACCUUUUUCUAUCUAAGAGUUGUAAUACAGAUAUUAACAGAAUCAAACUGU